UUUCAGAAAAUGAUAAAUCUUUUCAAUGUUGCCCUCAUUGGGUCUGUGCUUUUAGGGGUAGCUCAUGGUGCAAGCGUAGCAACUGCUGGAUCAAGAUACUUCCGAUGUACUGUUGAAGAUGGAUUUCAAGCAGCUAAAUGUCUUUCGCGUCUCAUCAACAUUCAAGAAAAAGUUCAAGAGCACGAUAUGGCUAACCAAAGUAAUAUGAAGAAUUUUGUGAGUGCUUGUAAUUCUCUUCACACGUGUUUCUCCAAUAUCCGAUGCGACAAAAAUAAGGAAUAUAUGCUCAAAUCAGUUGAAAACUAUUGUGAAUUCGUUGCGUACGUCCACGUUGAUUUUGCUGAGUGCAACGAAAAAUUAAAUGACAACGGUUCAAAGUGUUUCAAAAACUGGGAACCGAUGUCGAUUGGAAUUCCUGACAUGAACGACGAAAUUUGUGAGAAAAUUUUCAAACGGAAAGAUUGUAUGAAGAAGGACAUUGUGAAAACAUGCGGGAAAAAAGAAUGGAGAUCGUUCCGCGAGAAAGUCAUCAAUCCAUUCGCCAAGAAAUGUGAUUUCAGAAGAUAUUAAUAAUCUUGCGAGUUGAAUAAAAUAAACUUUUUGAUUUU